GAGUGCGGAUGGGGGAAAGCACCGCAUGCAUGAGCACCACAUCAGGAUAUAUAGAUUUCUUCUUUAAAAGAACACGAUUCUUUACUUUCUCAACAAGUUCUAGUGUGCGCCCCGCGCUUUAGAAAGAAAAAGCUGCUUUUACUCAUUCACAGAAGGGAAAAUGUGUUGCCUUUGUAAAAGAGCCUGGGGGAAUAUUACAUCAGACGAAAUGGCAAUGAUUAAAAUCAGCCCUUUCUGCUUCUCCAAAGUCUCUGGAACGGCGUGGUGACACUUGCCUGAUGCGCAAACCGUUAUAUGCUGAACUUUAAACCCUCGCCAGCUAUUCUUACUUUGGCUGAAAAUAGGAAAGAACGCGGCACUAAAUAAUCGAGGGGGGAUAUCAGGUUUUCAUCUGUUUAAAUGAGUCUGCUCGGGUUUGAGUUAAUUGUCCUCUAAUCCUGUGGCCCCAGAGGCGUUCGCGCAGCCCGGAGCGAGAAUUCCUCUUUCGGCUCUGCUCUGUGAUUUACAAACGGAUUAUUGGCUUUCUUCUGCCCAUAGGCAAAGCAGCAGUUUCAUAUUUGCUUGAAAAGAUAGCCGAGGCUGAAAUACGCGACGGGAUCUGUGUAUAAAGAAGAAAUAAGAAGAUCGAGAGGGGGAAGGAGAGAUCUGAUUUCCUGGAGAAGGAAGGGAGAAGCAUGUCGCGCCUGUCUCUGACCCGGUCUCCGGUCUCUCCUCUGGCCGCGCAGGGGAUUCCACUGCCGGCUCAGCUCACCAAAUCCAACGCGCCCGUUCACAUCGAUGUGGGCGGACACAUGUACACCAGCAGCCUGGCGACCCUCACCAAAUACCCAGACUCACGGAUCAGCCGGCUGUUUAACGGAACGGAGCCGAUAGUUCUGGACAGUUUGAAGCAGCAUUACUUUAUUGACAGGGAUGGAGAAAUCUUCCGCUACAUACUGAGUUUCCUGAGGACCUGCAAACUUCUUCUGCCGGAGGAUUUUAAGGACUUUCAUCUGCUUUACGAGGAGGCGAGGUAUUACCAGCUCACACCCAUGAUCAAGGAGCUGGAGAGAUGGAAGCAAGAACGAGAGCAAAGACGUCUAUCGCAGCCGUGUGAUUGUCUGGUGGUCCGUGUGACCCCUGACCUCGGUGAGAGAAUCGCCCUCAGCGGUGAGAAGAUCCUCAUCGAGGAGAUCUUUCCUGAGACCGGCGACGUCAUGUGUAACUCCGUCAACGCCGGCUGGAAUCAAGAUCCUACCCACGUCAUCCGUUUUCCACUGAACGGAUACUGCAGGCUGAACUCAGUGCAGGUUUUGGAGCGUCUCUUUCAAAAGGGUUUCAGUGUGGCGGCAUCCUGCGGCGGUGGAGUCGACUCCUCACAGUUCAGCGAAUAUGUGCUGUGUCGCGAGGACAGGCGGAGUCAGUCGAUGAACACGCCCAUCAGGAUAAAACAGGAACCGCUGGACUAAAGAAACAUUCAAGGCCCUCGGCCCCCUGACCGAACUACACAAACACACAGACUCUUCAAAGUUCAGCUUUUAAAAGGGGAAUGUAAUGUAUCACACUCAAACCACUGACGCAAACCCCAAAGAACUGAAGCGGGAACAGCACAUCAUCAUCAUUUCCUGUUCCGCCUCAAUCCACCAAUCAGAGGACGUCCCUAUUCCAGAUGCGAUGCAGGCCCGCGUCUAUCUUUAAUUUCCUCGUGACGAUAUAAAGGUGGUGAGGACACUACCGGACACCCAAAAAAACAUCGCUUAAACGGCAAAGAAAGCACUGAAGCCAAAAUCAGGGGUCGGGGGUCAACCUAUGCCACAUGGAUAGUUUUUAAGUUCAUUGUUGUUUAUAAAAACGACUUUUUCACACCUUAUAGCAACACGUUGUAUGCAGUUAUCAGUACUUUUUGUGUUAUGCUUUGUUAGAUGAAGGAUGAUGGGAUUGGAGGCAUUAUAAUUGAGAGCUUUUCCUGGCGGCGCUCACAGAAACAGUAUUACGCCCUCCGGCAGCGCUCUGAGCUUUAAUGCAUGUGCAGAAGCCCUCUUUGUUUAAAAGAGCCGCAAGCAAACGUGGAUAUCACGAACUAUGUGUUCAAAAAUAAGUGAAACUAUGGGAGGAUUGUCAUAAUUAUAUCAUUGGAUGUUUGAAAUUUAUAUAAGCUCUCAGUGUCGGAUCAAAACUAAAUGGACAUGUGAAGAACAAAAUCUUUUAAGGGCAAAUUAUUGGAAGAUAGUCGCACGUAUGAUUGUGUCUAGAUAACAUUUCCGUUUAGGUUUAACAGCAUACUUUGCACUUGAACUCAGCUCAGACAUCGAGCGAGUGUAAAAACAAGCAGCCAGAGUGUUUAAAGAUUCAGUGGAAAUAAUUUUAACUUUCAGCUCGUGACAGAAUGAGGCUAUGUAACUAUGACGCAUUAAUUUUUUAAACCAUCUUUGUGAAUAAUCCUUAUUCAUUACCCCAAUUUAUCAGGUCACUUUUUCGAUUUGUUUGAAGUUUGAAGUCGGCUUUCUGUUUUUGAUGUCAAGAUGUCGUCAGAUAAUUAAUUGUGAGUAAAUGACAGAUAUGUUGUGACUGAACAAAGUGAUUCUUUUAUGCUAGAAGUCAACUGUGUCUGUACAAUGAAUGUGACUUCAUGUGCAUUUGUCUUUAAAAGCUCGAGUUAAAAACAUCAUAAACUCGCAGGACGCACGCGGCGCAGGCUGACGCAACAAAAGUUGCAGAAGCGUCUACGCUGCAAACGACCGAUGGAAAGUUACGCACUGCAUUUUCCCUGUCUGUCUGAAGUACCAUUUCAUUUACAAAUAUGACAAAAUGACUGCUAUUAAGUUGAUUUGUUAUGUAUUAUAAUAGUUUCUCUCGAUGAUGAUGCAGGCCAGCUUAACUCAUCAAAGGUUGUGUAUGCAGCUGUGUAAUAUUAUGUAUUAAAAUUGUUUCACUAAUCUAAACCA